AUGUCGUUCCGAGGCGCACCGGGACGCCAAGACUCCUACAAGAACAAGGCCCUCUUCAAGCAGGAUGAACUGCGCCGGAGAAGGGAGGAGGCCCAGGUCGAGAUUCGCCGGGCCAAAAGGGAAGAGUCGAUGGCAAAGCGGAGGAACAUGGACCUCAGCACUGUCGAUACCGAUGGAGAGACCGAUGACGAAGAUGCCGUGGGCGCGGCGCUUGACAGUCAGCUCAACGAGCAGCUGCCCGUCAUGAUCGAAGGUGUCAUGUCCACCGACGAGUCUGCCCAGCUCGACGCAACCACCAAAUUCCGCAAGCUGCUGUCCAAAGAGAAGAACCCUCCUAUUGAAAAGGUCAUCGCGUGCGGCGUUGUCCCGAGAUUCGUCGAAUUCCUGCGCAGCCCACACAGCAUGAUCCAGUUCGAAGCGGCCUGGGCGCUGACCAACAUAGCAUCAGGCACCUCGGAUCACACGCAGGUCGUCAUCGAGUCGGGAGCAGUCCCUAUCUUCAUCGAGCUUCUCUCCUCCCAAGUCCUCGAUGUGCGCGAACAGGCCGUCUGGGCAUUGGGCAACAUCGCCGGCGACAGCCCCAAGUGCCGUGACUACGUACUCAAGCAAGGUGCCCUGCCGCCGCUCAUUGCGCUGCUCAGCGAGAACCACAAGAUCAGCAUGCUACGCAACGCGACCUGGACGCUGAGCAAUUUCUGCCGGGGCAAGAACCCGCAACCGAGCUGGGAGCUGGUGUCGCCUGCGCUGUCCAUCCUUACCAAGCUGAUCUACUCGAUGGACGAGGAGAUCCUGAUCGACGCCUGCUGGGCCAUCUCCUACCUCUCCGACGGUCCGAACGAGAAGAUCCAAGCGGUCAUCGAGGCGGGCCUUUGCAGGCGCCUCGUCGACCUCCUCACCCAUCAUUCCACCGCUGUUCAGACCCCGGCGCUCCGCUCAGUCGGCAACAUCGUCACGGGUGAUGACUUGCAGACGCAGGUCGUCAUCGCAUCCGGCGCACUCGUUCCUCUGCUUUCCCUCCUCUCCUCGCACAAGGAGGGCAUCAAGAAAGAGGCAUGCUGGACCAUCUCCAACAUCACUGCCGGCUCGACACACCAGAUCCAAGCCAUUAUCGAUGCCAACAUCAUUCCACCGCUCAUCGAGAUCCUCAAGAGCGCUGACUACAAGACGCGCAAGGAGGCCUGCUGGGCCAUAUCCAAUGCCACCUCGGGCGGCCUGCAGCAGCCAUCGCAGAUCCGCUACCUCGUCUCACAAGGGUGCAUCAAGCCGCUGUGCGACCUGCUCGGCAUGAUGGACAACAAGAUCAUCCAGGUCGCCCUCGACGGCCUCGAGAACAUCCUCAAGAUUGGCGAGCAGGAGAAGAGCGCCGCUGGUCCGGGUGCCGUGAACCAGUACGCCAUGCACAUCGAAGAGUGCGGAGGCAUGGUCGCCAUCCACAACCUGCAACACCACGAGAACCUCGAGAUCUACAAGAAGUGCUUCUUCAUCAUGGACACGUACUUCCCCGACGAGGACGACGCAGCCGAAGCGGCCACCAUGCCGCCGGCCGUCAAUGAGAGUGGCACAUUUGCAUUCAAGUCCGACCUCGCAGCACCCUCUGGCGGCUUCAACUUUGGGCCCGCUGCGAAUGGC